UGUUUUCCAGUGCGCGGGAGCUGUGUGUGUGCAAGUCUUGUUCCUCUCGUCAGACACCACCCAGCUUGACAGGAAGCGGAGACAGGAAAGGGGUCUGGCGGCUGGCGCCCUGCACCCAGCAAACACGCCGCCCCACCCACCACUCCCUCCGCCUCCACGGCGCGGCACGGGCUGCUCCACCUCCACCCACCCAUCGCACUCCAUCUGCUCUGCUCCACCGACCCGGAGGCUGGCGCGGCGUUCGUCCGUGCCAGUAGUGCUAGCGCCGCACGCGAGCGCCGCGGCGCCCCGUCGGCAUGUCGCGCUCGCGCCGCGUGACCGCCGCCGCCGACCGGUGCUUGGAGCUGGAGCGCGUCAUCGCCGACCGUGCACACUCGGGAAGCCUCGGCCUCAACGAUGCACUGAAGCUGUUCGAUGAAAUGCUUACCCACGCCAGGCCUGCCUCGGUUCGUGCUUUCAACCAGCUGCUUACUGCUGUUUCGCGCGCCCGAUGCUCCUCAGCCUCCGAGCUCGUCGUCUCCCUAUUCAACCGGAUGAUCCGUGAAUGCUCCAUCAAGGUGGCUCCCAGCAGUUUCACGUACACCAUCCUCAUCGGCUGCUUCUGCCGCAUGGGCCGCUUGAAGCAUGGCUUCGCCGCCUUUGGCCUCAUCCUUAAGACGGGCUGGAGGGUGAAUGACACAGUCAUCUUCAGUCAACUACUCAAGGGCCUCUGUGACGCAAAGAGGGUGGAUGAGGCCACAGACAUAUUGCUUCGACGAAUGCCCGAGUUUGGCUGCACACCUGAUGUUUUUUCAUACAGCAUACUUCUCAAAGGUUUCUGCAAUGAAAAGAGAGCUGAGGAGGCACUUGAGCUUCUGUCCAUGAUGGCUGAUGAUGGAGAUGGAAGCCAUACACCAAAUGUUGUGACAUACACCACAGUAAUUGAUGGCCUGUGCAAAGCUCAAAUGGUUGACAGAGCCAAGGGUGUCUUUCAGCACAUGAUUGAUAAAGGUGUUAGGCCAAACAAUCACACAUAUACUUGUCUGAUCCAUGGAUACCUUUCUAUUGGAAAGUGGAAAGAGGUGGUUCAAAUGCUUCAAGAAAUGUCCACACAUGGUCUUCAACCAGAUUGUUAUAUUUAUGCUGUGCUGCUGGACUACCUAUGCAAGAAUGGAAGAUGCACAGAAGCCAGGAAUAUUUUUGAUUCUGUGAUUAGGAAGGGCAUAAAACCCAAUGUAACUAUCUAUGGAAUUUUGCUUCAUGGAUAUGCUACAGAAGGUUCUCUUUCUGAAAUGCAUAGUUUCCUAGAUUUAAUGGUAGGAAAUGGUGUUUCACCUGAUCAUCACAUCUUCAACAUAAUGUUCUGUGCAUAUGCUAAGAAGGCAAUGAUAGAUGAGGCAAUGCAUAUAUUUGACAAAAUGAGACAGCAAAGGUUGAGUCCUAACAUAGUCACCUAUGGAGCACUAAUAGAUGCACUAUGCAAGUUAGGCAGGGUGGACGAUGCUGUCCUUAAAUUCAAUCAGAUGAUCGAUGAAGGCAUGACUCCUGACAUCUUUGUUUUUUCCUCCCUAGUUUAUGGACUCUGCACCGUUGACAAGUGGGAGAAGGCUGAGGAACUAUUUUUUGAAGUGUUGGAUCAAGGAAUCCGUCUUGACACGGUGUUCUUCAACACAUUAAUGUGUAACUUAUGCAGAGAAGGGCGGGUCAUGGAAGCCCAAAGGCUGAUUGACUUGAUGUUACGUGUGGGUGUGAGGCCUGAUGUUAUCUCAUAUAAUACAUUAGUUGAUGGCCACUGCUUAACUGGUAGAAUUGAUGAAGCGGCGAAGCUACUUGAUGUUAUAGUCUCAAUUGGCUUGAAACCUGAUAAAGUUACUUAUAAUACUUUGCUUCAUGGCUACUGCAAAGCUCGAAGGAUAGAUGAUGCUUAUAGCCUUUUCCGAGAAAUGUUAAUGAAGGGACUUACACCUGAUGUUGUGACUUAUAAUACUAUAUUGCAUGGAUUGUUUCAGACCGGGAGAUUUUCUGAAGCAAAGGAACUCUAUCUCAGUAUGAUCAAUAGCAGAACACAGAUGAACAUCUACACAUACAACAUUAUUAUAAAUGGUCUUUGCAAAAAUAAUUUUGUUGAUGAAGCAUUCAAAAUGUUUCAUAGCCUGUGUUCUAAGGAUCUUCAACUUGACAUUUUUACUGCCAACAUCAUGAUUGGUGCUUUGCUCAAAGGUGGCAGAAAGGAAGAUGCCAUGGAUUUGUUUGCUACUAUCUCUGCUUAUGGUUUGGUUCCGGAUGUUGAGACCUACUGCUUAAUAGCAGAAAAUCUAAUAAAAGAAGGGUCACUUGAGGAGCUCGAUGAGCUGUUUUCAGCAAUGGAAGAGAAUGGUACUGCUCCAAACUCACGUAUGUUAAAUGCUCUAGUUAGGUGGUUGUUGCAUAGAGGUGACAUAAACAGGGCUGGGGCUUACCUCUCCAAACUUGAUGAGAAGAAUUUCUCACUUGAGGCUUCCACUACUUCCAUGCUUAUAUCAAUUUACUCGAGGGGUGAAUAUCAACAACUUGCAAAGUCUCUGCCUGAAAAGUAUCAUUUUCCUCAAUGAAGCCUGCGGUUGAGUGUUGACAAAAAAAGAAGAAUUCAGAUUCAACUGUGCUUAUCGUGUCCAUGUGAAAUGUCAAUUUGUUGGACUGACCACUCUGCCCUGUGCUCUAAUAUUUUUGCUAUGCUGUGUGGUAUGCUUUGAAUGAUGAAAUUCCCUAGAGAAAUGUCUUGAGCGUCAAGUUUUUCAACAGGACAGGCGUGGGACAGAGAUAUCGAUGUUGAAAAGAGAACAACAAAAGCUGGUGGAGCAAUAUUCAGAUUUCUCUUUUCUUCUUGAUUCUCAGGUUGGUUUUGUAUCUACUGUAAAUAUGGUUGGAUAGAUGAUGCACCUGUCAUUUUUCUGAGAAAUGUUGAGCACUAGAGCUAACAGUUAAGCCUAGAGUUAUUACUUGUGAUUUCAUAUGUUACUUCAGACAGGGGAGAACUGAAGUGCCACUGCAAGAGAAACUGUAUUUCAAGAUGACCAAAUGUGCACUUGGGAAUUAGUAUAUACUGUCAUAGUUCUAUCUAGUCUAAUUGUGUUGAUGAAGGGUGUUAUGACAAAGUGAUUAGCAGCAGCUAAUCUUGUUGAUGAGGAGUGUUGCUGCAGUAGUCUGAAUGAUCCUUCUUUUUCCCCCCUAUGGAGAAGAAUGGUCCCAUUGCCAACUCCAUCCACAUUAUGUCGUAAACGCAGUUGAUAGUAAUGGUUGAUCCGUAGAGCAAUUUGCAAGUUCUUAUUAUCAUGUUUGGAUUGUGCAGUUGUGAAUUACUGAUUUGUCAUGGCUGAGAAAAGCUCUA